AUGCCAAGCCCCUACAUCGUCCGCGUCCAUCCCUUCACCUCCCCAACACCACACUCCUGCGCAUACGAGUACGGCACAAGAGAUUCAACUAAUGCGUUAAUAUACAUCAGCGGUCUAACCGGUGGACCGCAAACAUCAGACUUGGUCCUCAAGAUAGAUAAUGCCCUGCAAAACAUGGCAGAAACAGGGGCUGUCUCGUACUCGGUAUUCGAGUUCCGGAUGCGAAGUAGUUACACGGGAUUCGGAUAUUCGAGUCUAGAAAACGAUGUUAAGGACCUCGCGGCGCUAGUGGCGUAUCUGAAGGGCGAGUAUGUGGGAAAAGAGAAGGUGGUGGUGAUGGGGAGUUCGACUGGCUGCCAGGCUAUCAUGACAUACGCAACCACUCUUCCAGCACCGCCUCCAGUGGACGGAUACAUUAUGCAAGCACUCACUUCGGACCGCGAGACUGCUAGUCUACUCAUGUCCCCAGAGUUCCUGCAUACUAGUCUUCAGCACGCUGAAGAUCUUAUUGGAAAGGGCAAGGAGAUGCAGAUUAUGCCCCCAGAUCUUAUUCCUUCGAUUUUCUCGUCGCCGAUUAGUGCGUAUCGCUGGCAUUCGCUUGUUUCUGUUGGGGGAGAUGACGAUUUCUUUUCUUCUGAUCUGCCUGCUUCUACGAUCGAGUCGUUGUUUGGUAGACUGGAUAAGCCGACAUUGAUUAUCGUGUCUGGAAAAGAUGAGAUGGUACCGCCAGCUGUGGAUAAAGAGGCGUUGUUAAAGAAAUGGGUGGAUGCCAUGCCAACGGGUUUGGCAAGUGAUCAGAGUGGUGUGCUGCCAGAUGCUGACCAUGAGUUGACUACCGAUGUCGGCAUGAAAUCUUUCAUGGGCAAGUUUCAUAGGUUUCUCAAGGACCUGGAGAGGAUAGGGUAA